GCUGCUCCAACUCAGAUUCCGUCAUCUUCUUCAUCUGGAUUCUUCGUUAAAGCUGCCUGCUGUUGAGUUCAAUCGUCGCUAUAAUCACCAGGUGUGUUGAUGAUUGCUUGGAUAGGAAAUAGUGAAGCUUCAGAAAAGAGAUGAAAGAGAGGUCAUUUGGUUUGAUCAUCGGUAUCUCAAUAGGAGUCGUAAUUGGAGGGCUUUUGGCCUUAGCUGGGAUACUUUGCUUCAGGUUUCACCGGAAGCGACCUCAGAUAGGUAAUAGCAGUUCUAGGAGAGCAGCAACUAUCCCCAUUCGUACAAAUGGUGCUGAUACUUGUACGAUAUUAUCGGACUCAUCCAUGGGUACAGAAUCAUCAAGAACAUCUGUACAGAAUGGCAUCCCAUUAUGGUUUGGUGGAAUGAAGAAGGGUCAUGUGGUUGCUGCUUCUGGAAUUCUCGAAUAUUCUUACAAAGAUCUACAGAAGGCUACCUACAAUUUCACGUCCUUGAUAGGCCAAGGGGCAUUUGGUCCUGUUUAUAAAGCUCAGAUGACCGCUGGUGAAGCAGUUGCAGUCAAAGUUCUUGCAACUGAUUCCAAACAAGGCGAGAAAGAGUUCCAUACGGAGGUUAUGUUAUUGGGAAGGUUACAUCACAGAAACCUAGUGAAUUUGGUAGGAUAUUGUGCAGAAAAGGGACAACAUAUGCUCAUAUAUGUCUACAUGAGCAAAGGCAGUCUGGCUUCUCAUUUGUACAGUGAAGAACAUGAAUUGUUAAGCUGGGAUUUGAGGGUUCAAGUAGCGUUGGAUGUAGCUAGAGGAUUGGAAUAUCUCCAUGAUGGAGCUGUUCCUCCAGUCAUACACCGGGACAUCAAGUCGUCUAACAUCCUGUUGGAUCAGGCCAUGAGGGCCAGGGUGGCCGAUUUUGGACUUUCAAGGGAGGAUAUGAUUAAUAGACAUGCCUCCAAUAUCCAGGGAACUUUUGGGUAUCUUGAUCCUGAAUAUAUAUCAACAAGGGCAUUCACCAAGAAAAGUGAUGUUUACAGCUUUGGAGUUCUACUAUUUGAGCUUAUUGCAGGAAGAAACCCUCAGCAGGGCCUCAUGGAGUACGUUGAGCUCGCAGCGAUGAACACGGAGGGUAAAGUCGGAUGGGAAGAAAUAGUGGAUUCUCGUCUUGAAGGAAACUUCAAUGAGCACGAACUGAACGAUGUGGCAUCUCUUGCAUACAAUUGCAUCAACCGUUCCCCAAGAAAACGACCAUCAAUGAGAGACAUCGUGCAAGUCUUAUCUCGUAUUCUUACAAUUCGGCACAACAAAAAGCAUCAUAGACGUGAUUCAUCGGUUGUGGCCGAUGAGGUUGCACUCAACAUCGACCAAUUAGGUCGGCGGAGCCCGAUGAAUAGCGAACAUCGACGGAUGGAGUCUAUGAGCAGCACAGCUGAUUCUUGUGAAGGUUAAAAAUGAGAUUUGACCCCUUGAUUGUUUUAGUUUUGUUUGCCUUUGUUUUGUAAUAUAUAUUUGGCAUGUUUUUUUACAUAUAUAGGGGAGGAGUUGAUAGCAGCAGAUAGGGCAGGUUUUGGUGUGGUGUUGACUUGAGUUGAGUGAGGAAAUUAGGUUGUAAAAUCUCUGUUUUUCUUCUUGGGUUUGAUCCUGUUAUGGUUCAAUUUUGUAUACUAAUAGAAUACAUUACAAAAAGAUGGUGAU